AUGCUGGAAGAAAGAGAGGAAGAGGAAGCAAACGACUCGUCAGUGUCAUUUUCUGCUCUUCUCAAGGACGGUGCCAAUGUUCUGGAUUUCAUGGAGAGAUUAAAGAAUGAAGAAGAUCAAAAGGCUGUUGGUGUGGAUCUAAUUGAAAAGCUGACAUUUAUUUGUACAUAUGUCCAGCUUUCUUAUUCCGAUUUGGAGCAGUUUGAAAAUAUAAUGACUAGAAAAAUACAAGAGGUUGAGAAUCUGCUUCAACAAAUUUUAGAUGAUGAUGGCAAAGACGUCGGGUGUAAAUAUGUCCUUACUAGCCUCGCCGGUAAUAUGGAUGACUGUAUCAGCUUGUAUCAUCGUUCUAAAUCAGAUGCCCCCAUGAUGGAUAAGCAAUUGGACUUACUCCUCUUUAAUCUCUAUCAUCUAUCCAAGCAUCGUGCUGAAAAGAUGUUUCCUCGAGUGCCUCAAUAUGAGGUUCUUCAGAAUGUAUGUGGCAACAUCAGAGAUUUCCAUAGGUUGAUAGUGAAUGGUUGCAUUAAACAUGAGAUGGUUGAGAAUGUCUUACCUCUGUUUCAACUGAUGGCUGAGAGAGUAGGACACUUCCUUUGGGAGGAUCAGACUGAUGAAAAUGCUCAACUCUCCAAGCGAGAUGAGAAUGGUAGAGACUCUCGACUCUUCAAGCUAGCACAUCUACUCUUGAACAUUGUUCCAACUGAACUGGAGGACUUUAUUCAUCAUGACAAAUUAUUUGAUCUUUUGGCAUAUGUUGGAGCACUUAUCAAGGAGGUAUCAACUCUUGUUCACGACUUAGAAGAGAAAUUAAGGAAUAAAGAGAGUACCGAUGAGACAAAUCGUGCAACCCUAAAGUUGCUGGAAAAUAUUGAACUCCUCAAGGAAGAUCUCAAACAUGUUUAUCUGAAAGUACCGGAUUCAUCUCAUCGUUGCUUCCCAAUAAGUGAUGGACCUCUCUUCAUGCAUCUGCUACAGCGACACUUAGAUUAUUUGCUGGAUUCCAAUGCUUAUUCAAUAGCUUUGAUAAAGGAAGAAAUUGGGCUGGUGAAACAAGACCUAGAAUCAAUAAGAUAUUUUUUCGUGAAUAUUGAGCAAGAAUGGUAUAAAGAUAUCUGGGCACGAGUUUUAAAUGUGGCAUAUGAGGCAAAAAAUGUCAUUGAUUCAAUUAUUGUUCGAGAUAAUGGUCUCUUACAUCUUAUUUUCUCACUUCCCAUUACCAUAAAUAAGAUCAAUCUUAUCAAAGAAGAGGUCUCUGAUUUACAUGAGAAGAUUCCCAAGAAUAUGAGCCUCAUUGUUGUAAACACCCCCAGGCCAGUUGAAAGCAAGUCAUUGACAACUGAUAAAAUAAUUGUAGGUUUUGAGGAGGAGACAAACUUGAUACUUAGAAAGCUCACCAGUGGACCGGCAGAUCUAGAUGUCAUUUCGAUCACUGGUAUGCCGGGUUCAGGUAAAACUACUUUGGCGUACAAUGUAUACAAUAAUAAAUCAGUUUCUAGCCAUUUCGACCUUCGUGCAUGGUGCACGCUCGACCAAGGAUAUGACGAGAAGAAGUUGUUGGAUAAAAUUUUCAAUCAAGUUAGUGACUCGGAUUCAAAAUUGAGUGAGAAUAUUGAUGUUGCUGAUAAGCUACGGAAACAACUGUUCGAUUGCUAA